AUGUUUCGAGGAAAAACAGCAUACUUUGAUGAAUCUGUUCCACCACACAUUAUUGCUUUAUGGCAACUAUACGAGGGAGAAGUUACCUUCUACCCGGUGAUAACGAGUAAAGUUGAUUACUAUUUCUCUUCAAAAAAACAAACAUAUCGUCCUCCCUCUUCAAUUCACCGUGUUAACUGUACAUCACCAUGGUGGAUUGUUGAGUUUGUUGCUGAUCAAGGAAAAUUGAAAGAAAACGAGUCUGUUCUUCAUAUGGAAGUUACUGAACCCUUCUUCACAGAUGUUUCACGGAAAACGGUCUAUCUUAAACCACCUUUUUCCAUGUUCUCUUUUGAUUAA